UCAGACAUUCCUAAUUGAUAAAAGAUAGCGAAGAGAUAAUAGAGAUUGUGUCCUAUGACCGUGACGAUUCAUUGCGAUAAGGUUCCUCGCGACAAUGCAAACGCCUGCGUCACAGCACGACAGGUAAACAGAGAUUAGGUGGAGAGUCACGGUGUGGGUGGGGCGCAGCGGGCGCCUGCGCGGUGCGGGCCCCCGGGCGCGGGCUGCCAGCCCUCAGUGCCGCCGCCGCCAUGCACGCUCCACUACGGCGCCUCGCCGCCUCCACCGGCACCAUCCUCCGAGAACCAACCCUCUGCUCCUGCUACCGACACUACAGCCAAGUCAGACCUGUCUACCAAAUUAAAGGCGAAAAGUGGCGAAAAUCUCCGUCUGGAUUUUAUGCUGCUCAGAGUUCUCAAUUACUUGAUCUAUGCAGGAGCUAUUCGUUCGUCCACACCGACGAUCCUAAUUCUUCCGUAAGCGAAGGAACACUGAAAAAUGCCGACGACGUAUUAUUCGACAUGUUCAAGAAUGAGGAAACAGGACUCCUGCCUGUGGGGAAGUUUCUGGCCGCCCUGAGAACAACGGGCAUCAGGAAGAACGACCCAAGACUGAAAGACGUGAUGCUCAACCUUUACAACGUGCACAAGAAGUCUAACUUCGAGGGCUCCCCCGAAACCCUGAAGCUAGACAGAAAGACGUUCAAGGAGGUGAUCCUGCCCAACAUAGUGCUCAUCACCCGAGCCUUCCGCAGCCAGUUCGUCAUUCCGGACUUCCAGGACUUCAUCAAGGAUAUAGAGGAGAUGUACUGGGCGGCAAAGAGCAACGGCGACGGGAAGGUGGCCAGCUACAUCCCGCAACUAGCUAGAGCUUCUAGUGAUAAUUGGGGUGUCAGCAUCUGCACCAUUGACGGUCAACGGUUCUCCAUAGGUGACGUGACAUCCCCCUUCACCCUGCAGUCGUGCAGCAAGCCGCUGACGUACGCGAUGGCGCUGGAGACCCUCGGGCCCGACGUGGUGCACGGCUACGUGGGCACCGAGCCCAGCGGACGGAACUUCAACGAACUAGUGUUGGACUAUAACAUGAAGCCGCACAACCCAAUGAUAAACGCAGGCGCUAUCCUCGUUUGCUCUCUGUUGAAGACUCUGGACAAACCCGAAAUGACACUGGCCGAGAAGUUUGACUACGUCAUGUCGUUCUUCAGCCGUCUGGCAGGAAACGAGCCCCUGGCCUUUAACAACGCAGUGUUCCUGUCAGAGAGAGAGGCGGCCGACAGGAACUAUGCCCUCGGGUUUUAUAUGAGGGAGUACAAAUGCUUCCCCGAGAAAACCAACUUCCGUGAAUGCAUGGACUUCUAUUUUCAGUGCUGUUCCAUGGAGGCUAACUGCGACAUUAUGGCUAUAAUGGCGGCUACGCUCGCAAACGGUGGAAUCUGCCCCAUUUCCGACGACAAAGUCCUCAGACCAGACUCUGUUCGGAACGUGCUGUCUUUGAUGCACAGUUGUGGAAUGUACGACUACUCCGGUCAGUUCGCGUUCAAAGUAGGGCUCCCAGCCAAGUCAGGGGUGUCUGGAGCCAUGCUGAUUGUUGUACCCAACGUCAUGGGUAUUUGUACGUGGUCGCCGCCUCUUGACCCCCUUGGAAACAGCUGCAGGGGGUUGCAAUUUUGCGAUGACCUCAUCAAAAGAUUUAACUUCCACAAAUACGACAACAUUCGCUAUGCGAGUCACAAGAAGGACCCGCGACGCUACAAGUUCGAGUCCACAGGUCUCAACAUCGUCAACCUGCUCUUCUCUGCUGCCAGUGGCGACCUCAGCGCUUUGAGAAGACACCACCUGUCAGGCAUGGACAUGACUCUAUCAGACUACGACGGCCGCACAGCGCUACACCUGGCAGCGGCCGAGGGGCACCUCGCCUGUGUCACCUUCCUCUUGGCCCAGUGUGGGGUGCCCCACGACCCGCGCGACCGCUGGGGCAGCCGGCCCCUCAACGAGGCGGAGACCUUCGGACACACCCCCGUUGUACAAUACCUUAAAGAGUGGGAGCGACUCUACCCUGAAGGCAAAGUCGAAGCGGCACCCUCCUCCGUAGAUGAAAUACUACAAGUUAAGCCAGACGCGGACGAUGCAGUGAAAGAUCCCAGCAUACAGGAAAUAGUAACAAGAAAUGGUGAUAGUAAGGAGAAGUGAAUCUGAUUGGCACAAGUUGUUUGCGAUUGGCUGAUAAUUUUUGCUAUUUUUGUUUGUAGGUAGAUAAGAUUGUGCAGUUGCUACAUUCGAAUAAAA